UGUGAUUGAGGCUGAGAUUCACCGGCCGAAAACGGUCCCAGAUCUGCUUUCUGCUGUAAAAUUGCAGGAAAUUUUACCAGAGAUGGCAGCCAGGCUAACGAAGUUGCUGCUGAACGUGAUGAUACAGAGGAGCUUGGGAGCUGUAAAGGUGGUGAUGUCACCGGAGUCGACGGUUGGAGAUCUGAUUGCGGCGGCGGUGAGGUUGUAUGCCAAGGAGGGGAGGAGACCUUUGCUACCCAUGACGGACCCCGCAGAUUUCGACCUCCAUUAUUCUCAGUUCAGCUUAGAAAGUCUGAAUCGGGAGGAGAAGCUGAAAGAAUUGGGGUCGAGGAAUUUUUUCCUGUGCCGCAAGAAGCCAAACGAAGCUCCGGUGGAUGCGUCUUCCUCUUCGUCAUCGUCGUCGUUGGCGGUGGCAUCGUCGUCUUGUUCGAAUCAAGCUGAGAAGGUUUCGAAGAUCGCUGUUCCCUGGGUUAGGUUCAUGAACUUCUUGCUGAAGCUUAUUGAGAGCGAGAGAGAGAGAGAGAGAGAGAAGACUCUAUCUAAAAUACGGGCAGGCCCUGAUGGUGGUUGUUGUGUUGCCCAUGGCAGUGUUAAAAUCAUGUCCAGAGAGCUCCUGCUGAUUCUAUAG